AAAAAAAUGGUUCAGUGUCAUCAAAAUGACAGGGCUGCGUUUCGUCUUUUUGUUCUGUGUUUUAAUAAUUCAGAGAGUUGCAAGCCAAAGCUGCAACUGCCAAACGGAUUUAUACAUAUCCAUAGAUGACUUGAUGAAAGCCCUGAAUAACGGGCCCGGAAUCCCAGGACUCAUAGAAAACAACAACCAAGCUUUCGGAUGUCAACCACCCUGCCAACCGUCCUGUCAAAACAACCAGCAAUGUUCCCAACCUCAACAGAAAACAAGCUUCGCGAUAGGCCAACCUACCUUCUCGAUUUCUGGAUUUGGCAACCAAGGUUGUCAACCAUCUCCACCUGUUCAGAUCAGCCAGCCUAGUCAAUGUAGUUGCCAAUCUCUGCAAAUAAACCAACCAAGCCAAUGUGGAUGCCAAUCUCUUCAAAUCAGUCAACCUAGUCAAUGCGGUUGCCAAUCUAUUCAAAUCAGUCAACCUAGCUGCGGUUGUCAGCAAAACCAACAAUUAACUAUUUCAAAUCCUUCUAUCUCCUUCCAACCUAUUUCACUUUCGCAACCAAGCCAACAAAAAACUCAAACUAAACAGAUCAAAACAGAAAGUGUCCCAAGCUGUAUCAUCCCGGCAGCUCUUUUACAAGCUCCUCCUUACGGUAUCAUCUUCGCCGGUGAGAACCUGCUCAUAGAUGGCGCUGUCCAAGUCCAAGGCAACAUGCCGUUCAACAGUAUCAUCGAGCUGGGUGGAGUCGUGCCGAGCUCAGGGUCCGGAUGUGUGCAAUAUUCCUGCGGUGAUUCAUGCUCCAUUUGCUCGUAAAUUAUAUAUUUUUUUACAAUUUACAAUAAAAGGUUCGCAUGUCUUUGAUUUUUUUUAUUCGUAUCAAAGAGGAUAUAAUAAGAUAGAGCGGUACUGUCAUAGUAAAUUUUGUAACCACAGUAAGUUCACUGCCAUCUAUCGACACACGAUUAAAACUAAAAAUAAAAAUAUCAAAAAAUGUAUUUUUAUUUAUAUACGGAUAAAUGAUUUUUUUAUUUGGAUUUAUUAUAUUAAUUAUUUUUAUAUGAUUUUGACCCAUGUUCUUACACUGAUGCUUAAAAUUGUUAAAUAACAAACGAAACCGUCAACGCUAUCUCUACGAGAGUAGCCCAAAGGUAGUGGCGCCAUCUGAUCAAGAAUCAAAUUUUCUUGAUUUUCGAGGCACGUUUUUUCCUUAGACUGUGUCCAUCUAUUACGUAGUUAUAUCUAUCUUUGCCUAUACUAACCAUAAUGAGUUAAAUAAAAUUAACUAACUAUCUUUAAAGAUAACAAUAUUUAAAGAUAGUUAGUUAUCAUGCAGGGCCGCAUAAAGUCCAUCCUUUGUUCUCCAAACGAUAUAAGCAGGGUUCAUUCUGGACUCGUUUAGUUUACUAUUUUCACUCACAACGAGCGCAGAACCAUGAAUACUCAUAAAAUGAAAAUCCUGUUUGCAUUGCUGACGCUGAUAGUAGCGUUAGUUAAAGCUACUGUCAUAAAUGAGCGCGACGCGACGUCCAGUGAUUCAACAUACAUAACGAAAAUUUUUGAAACCGAUGUGUACAAGACUCCAGCAGUAAUUUUUUUCGGAAAGUUUAACGGUGAAAUAGUUCGAUGUCAAAAAGAUCAGUGCGAGAUUUUCCACAAAGCCAACAGGACCGAUUCAAUUUACUCCCUGCAUAUUAGCGGAGAGUAUAUUUACGCAGGUCUAUUUUCCGGAGAUAUCUUAAAAUGUCAUUUAUAUACGAAACAUUCAUGCAAAAUUUUCUACCCGGGCAGUCGCCCUACUCCGCUGAACACGCCGGUGUUUUCUUUGACUAGUGUGAGAGGACAUCUUUUUGCAGGGCUUGACGAUGUUUCCGAUGGUACCAUAAUGAUGUGUGAAAAACAUCAAACCGAUUGUCGGCCACUGCAUAAGUUAAGAAAUACCCCCGUUCCUGCUUUAACUCAAAUUGGUGACAAUAUAUACGCUGGAGGCGGUGGAAUGAAAGUUAUACGAUGUUCUUUAACACUCGACCAUUGCACACAAGUGUAUGAAAACAGUGACCGUAAAAAGGUCACUAUGGGUAUUGCAAAUAUGGACAAUGUAAUGUACUUAUUAGAACAUACAGGAGUUCUGUGGAAAUGCCCACGUACAUUUAAUACAAUCACAAAUUGUAUACAUGUUUACUUGAAUACCAAUGGUGGUUACACAUGGACCAUGGUGGCAUUCAAUGCCUCGGUGUACGUGCUCGGUGGUAUGGGGAUUUGCGAUGUAAAUACUGGCAACUGUGUGAGUUAUACAAAUCAAAAAGAGUUUCGAAGUAUGGCUAUGGUUUACAAAACUCAUCAUAUGCAAAGCAAUUAUAAGGAGGAGGACAGCUGUCAAGACGUACAAUGCGAACUUGUUACAUAUUACAAUGAAAAUGAGAGAGCCGCAUUUAAAGUCCAUGUCAAAGAUGGUAGACUGUAUAACGCAAAUGAUUCUUUUGUGGACACCAGCGACGCAGAUCAAGGCAAAACGGGACCGGCUGCCAUCUUCAUCAUGGCGCCUGAAGGCAAAAUAUUCCUGUCGAACCAUCAUCAAGGAAUAAACACGUCAAGCUUCCUCGCCGGUAACCCGGUGUCGGGGGCCGGGGAGAUUGUCGUCGAGAAGGGGGUGAUUAAGAAGAUAACGGCCUGCUCCAACCACUACAAACCAGAUGUGGAAUUAAACAAACAAGUAAUCCAAUCGUUAAUCACUCAGGGAUACACAGAGCCCAUCGUAUUAGAUAUGUGUAAUGAAAUCAAAAAUUAAUAAUUAAAAUGUUUAAUUUGAUUUCUGUAGUAAGUAGAUUCUGCAUUCUAUGCAAAAUGUAGUUAUUAAGGUAUUUAUUACUGCUUCGGUGAUUGAUUGGAAAGUAAUAAAAUGAUAUGGUUGGCUAACUUUCACCAAGUUUUUGUAAACUGAUGCAGUAGGUAGUAUUUUGCAACAUUAACUAUUAAAUAAUUAUUGUAUAUUAAAACGCUAAAACGUAGAAACAAUGUAAUUCAAAGUACUAGGUACAAAAGCAUUUACUAUUCAAUAAGUUUACAAGUCAGGUAACUCAAAAUAACACUAACAAAAUCAAUGUAACCUUAUAAUUUUUAAAUUUCAUA